AUGACCGAUUUUGCCGCGGCGCAGAAGCGCAUCCGGGAGAGACGCGCCGCCCGCGAACAAGCGCUGACUGCCGCCGACCGCCAACACGAUGCCGCCAGAUCCGCCGACCUCACACGACUCCCGCCCUCACUCCGCUCGUACGCAUUCGAAUUCCUCCGCGCUUGGGACGUCGUCAGAUCGCCGUAUGGCACAUCACCAGCGUUCCGCGUGGGCCAAGUCGAUGCGGAGUUGCUCGACGAAGCGCUCCUCGGUCUGCUCAAGAAACAGGCCGGCGAAGGGACCAAGCUCUUUGGCGCGCAUCUCAAAGACGAUUGGGAUGCGGAGCUGACCCUACUACUGCGAAUGGUCUACUGGAAGCUGUCGAUUUGGGACCACGGCACGAGCUACGGCGCCUCACUGCAAGGGUUGAAGUACAUUGACUCACGCGGAGACCAGCAAGAAGCAGCUCGAAUACGCAAAGAAGCGACAUACUGGCAGAGAGCGCUCUACGGCAUCAUCACAGUAGCUGGCAGAUAUGGCUGGACACGCUGGGAGGAGCGGUUGUCCACUCUCGAAGGCGGAUACGACGAACCCUCACCCCUUAUCCAGCGACUAUCCCGUCUCACGACCUUCCUCGGCACCUCCCACAACAUCGCCGCCUUCAUCUCCUUCCUCGUCUUCCUCUACAACGGCAGAUACCGAACUCUGACCGACCGAUUACUCCGCCUUCGACUCGUCCCAUCCUCCAACCAAACGAGCCGAGAAGUCUCAUUCGAAUGGCUGAACCGACAACUCGUCUGGCACGCCUUCACCGAAUUCCUCCUCUUCCUGCUACCACUCGUCGGCAUCAGCAGGUGGAGGAGAUGGAUAGCAAGAGCGUGGAAGAAGGCCAAAGGAAUGACAGCCCGGCUAUGGCACGGCGCAUCAUCUACAAAUCUCGACGACGAAGACGAAGAUUUCCAAAAGGGCGAACUGGCUUUCCUCCCGGAGCGGACGUGCGCGAUCUGCUACCAAGACCAGAACCCCACGGGCGGACAAUCCGAGCAAGACGUCAUCUCAUCGACAAGCGUCGGAGCGAACAGCGGCAUCAUCGGAAGCGCCAUGACGGACAUCACCAACCCAUACCAAGCAGACCCAUGUGGCUGUAUCUACUGUUUCGUGUGCCUGGCGCAGCGAAUUGAAGCCGAAGAGGGCGAAGGAUGGGUGUGUCUCCGGUGCGGAGAAGUGGUGAAGGAGUGCAGACCGUGGCAUGGAGAUGUGGUGGUGAGGAGAAGCCGAGAGAGCCACAGUAGCGUGGAAAGCGGCAGGCCUCUGAGCGGGCGGAAGAGCGUGAUGUUUGAUCUACAAGAAGAGGAGAAGAAGCAGCAAGAACGCGAAGAAAAGGAGGAGAGUGAGCUGGAAGCCGUCGAUCCCAUGCCUAUGGAGGACGCUGAAGAGAGUCUGGAAUGGAGCAAAUUGGAUGGCGAAGAAGGAUACGAACAUGAUGAAGAUGAAGAAGGCGAUGACGAGACAGGCGCGACUUUUGAAGAUGAGUAG